GUUUCUCCAGGCCCAUCUCCAUAGCUUGGAGGGCCCAGGCCUUUCGACAUUACACCAGAAGGGAUAGACCCUUCAACUUUGCACCAGCCUAUGCCUAUCAUCGAUUUUUCUCUGGGAAAACUGCUGGCUUGAUCUUAUUCUGAAGUCCUGGGAAGCUGGCCUGUUUACAUGUUCAUGACCCAUGAGAAGGGCAUAUAAGAAACCAUGGCACUCCCUUUUCAGAAAGAGCUGGAGAAAUACAAGAACAUCGAUGAAGAUGAGCUUCUUGGCAAGCUCUCAGAAGAGGAACUGAAACAGUUGGAAAAUGUUCUUGAUGACCUAGAUCCCAAGAGCGCGCUGCUACCAGCUGGAUUGCGACAGAAGGACCAGACACAGAAAGCAGCCACUGGCCCAUUUGAUCGUGAGCACCUCCUCAUGUACCUGGAGAAGGAGGCUUUGGAACAGAAAGACCGGGAAGACUUUGUGCCCUUUACUGGAGAAAAGAAAGGGAGAGUCUUCAUCCCCAAAGAAAAGCCCAUAGAAACUCGUAAAGAAGAAAAAGUGACCCUUGACCCAGAACUAGAAGAAGCUUUGGCCAGCGCCUCUGACACCGAACUCUAUGAUCUUGCAGCUGUUCUUGGAGUACACAAUUUGCUCAACAAUCCAAAGUUUGAUGAAGAAAUGGCCAGCACUAAAGGUGGCAAAGUACCCGUGAGAAAUGUGGUCAAAGGUGAGAAGGUCAAGCCAGUAUUUGAGGAGCCACCCAAUCCCACCAAUGUGGACCUGAGUCUGCAGCAGAUGAAAGCCAAUGAUCCUGGCCUGCAAGAAGUCAACCUCAACAACAUUAAGAACAUUCCAAUUCCAACCCUGAAGGAAUUUGCAAAGGCUCUGGAAACCAACACUCACGUAAAGAAGUUCAGCCUGGCUGCAACCCGCAGUAAUGACCCUGUGGCAAUUGCUUUUGCAGAUAUGCUGAAAGUAAACAAGACCUUGAAAAGCCUAAACAUUGAAUCCAAUUUUAUCACCGGGACUGGAAUCCUAGCCCUGGUCGAGGCCCUGAGAGAAAAUGAUACCUUGACAGAGAUCAAGAUCGACAACCAGAGGCAGCAGUUGGGAACAGCCGUUGAGAUGGAAAUUGCCCAGAUGCUCGAGGAGAAUUCAAGGAUCCUCAAGUUUGGAUACCAGUUUACCAAGCAAGGGCCUCGAACAAGGGUGGCAGCUGCCAUCACCAAGAAUAAUGACCUGGUUCGUAAAAAGCGAGUUGAAGGAGACCGAAGGUAAACUUCCACGAGAGGAGGCAAAGGUUCAUGACGGAGGCCAACUAAAAAUAAGCAAAGAAAAACUAUUCUUCCCCAUCAGGACCAUUUUAUCAAAGCAUUGCUGCAGGCCCAGGUUCAAUGCACAUCACUCCCGGGAAUUUGCAGCUUAGAUCACCAAACGCCAAAUCUCACAGCUUGUAUGGAAGAUCACUCUUAGGAAAUAAAUAUUAAAAGCCUGGAAAUCAUUUUACUGUUCCGGCACCAAAACUCUUUUUAUGCCUAAAGAGUGUAUGUGCAAGCACUUUUCAUCUUCAUCAACAUGCAUAAGCCCCUUCCUUCCAUCUGGGUAAGAGAUACAGUGCACUCGUUUAUGUCCAGAAUGAAGCUUCCAAGUGAAAAUGUACGGAACAUUAGGAAUUAAUAAACAUUUCUUGUAAAAUGAAAGUAAA